AUGGUGCCUCGUCGCCGCGCGGAGGGAGACCCACCCCCUGUCUACGAAACAAUCGACUAUGCAUCAAAUUUCAGUCUUUGCAUCAAUUUUGAUGGUUAUUUCCUUGGAGUUGGUAAAAAUCGUGCAUAUGUGAAUGGAAAAAGCAUAUGGUAUGAUUAUGUUGAGGGGGAUGCACUCACGGUGGAUAAGUUGGAAGAUUUAGUAGAACAAUUGGGAUAUGAAGUUCAGGGAAGACUACACAUGUAUUACUGUAUGCCUGGGAAACCAAUGAACGAAGGAGGCCUUGUGAAGAUAACUUGCAAUGACAAUUGUUUGAACAUGAGGGCACAUGUGACAUUUGGACACAAGUACCCGCAGAUGUAUCUUGAUCAUGAUGAGAGUUUCAAGCAAUUUGACUGGGAUGAUGUUGUCCAGUUUCCUGUAACAGAUCUGCCCACUGUUGUGAGUCCUAUGAAACCAAUGCAGACCAUCAAGGAGAAAGCACUGGACAAGCACAAACAGCAGAUGAAGAAGGAACCAUUGGAGAAGCAUAUUAAGGAGGAAACAUUUGAAAAAAGGCAAUGUCAGUUUGUAACUCAUGACAACUUUGGAUAUGAAGCAGAGCAAGCAAUGGAAGAAACACUUGCACAACAAGAAGUAGAGCAAACAAAUGCAGAUGAGCAGCAAGCUGCAGAGGAUUUUGCAAAGGAGGAGCAAGAACCAGUAGUACAAGAAGAGGAGUUUGCAGAGGAGGAGCAAACUGAAGAGGAUGUUCCUGAGGAGGUCUCUGAUUUUGCAGAUGAGUUUGAAGAGGAAAAUGGUGGAGAACUUUCUGAUGUUGAAGGUAAUGGCAGUGAAGAGGGGUCUGAGUUUGCUGAUGAUAUUGCAGAUAGUGACUAUGAUGUGAGUGAUUUAGAUGAUGAUCUCAAAGAGGACACAGUUGAAGAGCCUGUAGAUGUAAACAUUAGAGCAAAGGCUGAUCCUAUACAAGAUUCAGAUGAAGAGGAACUGCAGCUACCAGAUUCUGAUGAUGAAGCAGGUGCAAAAUAUAAAUUCAAAGGAUUUACAAAAGAAGAUUUGCAUGAUCCACAGUUUAGGAUUGGGCAAGUCUUCCAGUCUCCUGAGUUGUUUAGGGAAGCAGUAAGAGCUUACAGUUGCAAAAACAGAUUUGACAAUAAAAUGCCAGUCAAUGACAGGAAAAGAAUUUCUGCCAAGUGUCAAGCUCACUGCCCAUGGAACAUAUGGUGCAGCUACGACAGCAGAACUAAUUGCAUGGUCAUCAAGAGGUAUAACAGUGAGCACAAAUGUUCCAAGAAAUGGAAGGUUAAAGCAUUUACCUCCAAAUUUCUUGCAUAGGAAUAUUUGGAGUACUUCAGGGCAGAUCAAGGCAUGAAUUUGAGAAAUUUUGGCAGGUUAGAGCUUUCCAAACUGAUUUGCCCAAAUGUGACAUUUUGUUAAACAACAACUGUGAGGUUUUCAAUAAGUAUAUCUUAGAGGCUAGGGACUUGCCAAUUAUUAGCAUGAUUGACAAAAUCAAGUCACAACUAUCAAGUAGGCAUUACAGCAAACAACAAGAGGUUAAGAAGUGGGAUGGACCAAUCUGUCCAAAGAUCAAGAAAAGGCUUCUGAAGCACAUAGAAUGGUCUAGCAAUUGUUACCCUACUAAUGCUGGUGAAGGAAUUUUCCUAGUUACUUCACAUGGGAGAGACUACAUUGUGGAGUUGCAAAUGAAGGCAUGCACAUGCAGAAGAUGGCAAUUGACUGGUAUUCCCUGUCCCCAUUCCAUAUCCUGCUAUAGAGAUGAACUAAUUGAUCCAGAGGAAAUGGUGCACAAGUGCUAUGCUCUUUGCAAUUUCUCCAAGGCAUAUGCUCGUAUUAUCAUGCCUUGCAAAGACAAGAGAGAGUGGCAGAAAAUGGGUGGCUAUCUAAUUAAGCCCCCUUUAUAUGAGAAUAAACGUGGGAGGAAAGCCAAGAAUAGGAGAAUGCAGCCAGAAGAGGUGAUUGCAAGGCAAGGAGGGAAGAAGAUCACAAGACAUGGUACCAUUAUUCAUUGUAGCCAUUGUAACAAUCAUGGACAUAACAAAAAAGGAUGCUCUGCUUUCAAGCAAGGCCUACCUGCAGCAAAACAUAUGCAAAAGCAAAUGAGGAAGAGGUCAAGAACAACAUUUGAAGAGGAAGACCCUCAACCUACAAUGUCACGGCAAAAUGAGGCCACAACAGAACAACAAGCCCCUGGACCAUCAAUGACCCAAGUAAGUGAGGAGCCUGUUGUCACACAGGUCACACAGGAACAUGACAUGCCUCUUAUUGGAGUUCUUCAUCCACAUUCAAUGAUGGAAAUCAUGAGAAAUGAGCCUCCUAAACAAAAUAAAAGGAAGAUGCCAGGACCAUUGCCUGAAAGUUCUUUCCUCAACGAAGCUAGAGCAGCAAUGCCAUCUGCAGGAACCAGCACUGCAACAAGACUAGGUAGUCUUACAACUAGAGUUGAAGUAAUGAGGGAGGCCAAGCAGCAUGCCAAUGAAAUUUUGCAUGAACAGAGGUGUGCUGAAAUCCUGAAACAAAGAGAAGCAGCUGCUUUGCAAAAAGCAGGUGAAGCCCUUGCCAAGAAAGAAGCACAAAAGGCUAAAAAAAGCACUUGAAAAAGAAGCACUCAAGGCAGAGGCAAGGAAAAAGAGAGAGGCAGAAGCUGAAGCAAAGAAGGCUGCAGCUACAGCUAAGAAAGAGGCACUACAUGAAGCAAAGAAGAGGGCUUUAGAAGAGAAGAAAGCAGCAGCUGAAGCAAAGAAGAAAGCUUUAGAAGAGAAGAAAGCGGCCGCUGCAGCAAAGAAGCCCAGAAAAGUUAAUAUGUUUGAUGAAUUCAGGUCAUGAAUGACCAUUUCAUGUAAUGGAUUAAGUAUUUUGCAAUUUGUUCACUUGGGAACUUGUUUCUGGAUGUUAAACUGUGAACCUUACUUUCAACUUUCAGU